CUGUCCGCAGUCUCUGGUCAUCCCUGUGCUGUCCGCAGUCUCUGGUCAUCCCUGUGCUGUCCGCAGUCUCUGGUCAUCCCUGUGCUGUCCGCAGUCUCUGGUCAUCCCUGUGCUGUCCGCAGUCUCUGGUCAUCCCUGUGCUGUCCGCAGUCUCUGUCUCUGGUCAUCCCUGUGCUGUCCGCAGUCUCUGGUCAUCCCUGUGCUGUCCGCAGUCUUGGUCAUCCCUGUGCUGUCCGCAGUCUCUGGUCAUCCCUGUGCUGUCCGCAGUCUCUGGUCAUCCCUGUGCUGUCCGCAGUCUCUGGUCAUCCCUGUGCUGUCCGCAGUCUCUGGUCAUCCCUGUGCUGUCCGCAGUCUCUGGUCAUCCCUGUGCUGUCCGCAGUCUCUGGUCAUCCCUGUGCUGUCCGCAGUCUCUGGUCAUCCUGUGCUGUCCGCAGUCUCUGGUCAUCUCCUGUGCUGUCCGCAGUCUCUGGUCAUCCCUGUGCUGUCUCUGCAGUCUCUGGUCAUCCCCUGUACUGUGUCUGCAGUCUCUGGUCAUCCCCUGUACUGUGUCUGCAGUCUCUGGUCAUCCCC